AAUGUCAAAGUGAACUAGUCACCCAUCUUUAUCGCUAAAAUGGUACAGUCUCCUCUCGUUCUAUUUCCUCCGUUUCUAUCAAGCUAUCGGCAGCCAUGAGCAUGCUCAGGCUCCAGAAGCGCCUGGCCUCCAGCGUCUUGCGCUGUGGCAAGAAGAAGGUGUGGCUGGAUCCCAAUGAAACCAAUGAGAUCGCCAAUGCAAACUCUCGGCAGCAAAUCCGAAAACUGGUGAAGGAUGGCUUGAUUAUCAGGAAGCCAGUCACCGUUCACUCCCGUGCUCGCUGCCGCAAGAAUACUCUGGCACGCCGCAAGGGACGUCACAUGGGCUACGGUAAACGAAAGGGUACAGCCAACGCUCGUAUGCCAGAAAAGUUGACAUGGAUGAGACGUAUGAGAAUCCUGCGCCGUCUUCUUCGCCGCUACAGGGAGUCAAAGAAAAUUGACAGGCACAUGUACCACAGUCUCUAUCUGAGGGCUAAAGGUAACGUGUUCAAAAACAAGCGUAUCCUAAUGGAGCACAUCCACAAGCUGAAGGCUGAUAAGGCUCGCAAGAAGCUACUGGCCGACCAGGCUGAGGCGCGCCGCACCAAGACAAAGGAGGCCCGCAAACGCAGAGAGGAGCGUCUCCAGGCAAAGAAGGAAGAGUUCAUAAAGAACUUGUCAAAGGAAGAGGAGACAGCGAAGAAGUAAAUGCAACAUGUAAAAAAAUCUGUCAGGUUCAGCUUUUGUUGUUAAUAAUAAAAUUCUAUGAAAUCAA